AACGCAACGUCACGGUCGGUACCAUCCCACGCCAGUCUGUCACACACGCACGAGCCGUCCGCCUCGAGCUUCAGACUGCACCGGCUGAGCAUCACCAUCUUCGCUUCGUGAGACGGUUUAAACUUCGCCUUUUCUGCUUCUUUCUGACCCUGCAACAGAGCCAUGAAAGGAAUGAUUCUCCAGCUCAGCCGCAGCCUGAGCCGCACAGCGCCUGUCCUCCGCCGCAGCAUCCACUCUGGCACACGCCCGGCUUCCACCGCCGCCUCUAAACUGAGGGCCGACCGUGCACUUAACUCGGAGGAAAUCUACGCUCGCGAGGACAAAUAUGGAGCACACAACUACCAUCCCCUGCCUGUGGCCUUAGAGAGAGGGGAGGGCAUCCAUCUGUGGGACGUGGAAGGCAACCGCUAUUACGACUUCCUGAGUGCUUACAGUGCAGUGAACCAGGGCCACUGUCACCCUAAGAUCAUCGCUGCACUCACUGCCCAGGCCUCCAAACUCACCCUGACCUCAAGAGCUUUCUACAAUGAUGUGCUGGGAGCCUAUGAGGAGUACAUCACCAGAAUGUUUGGCUAUGACAAAGUCCUGCCAAUGAACACAGGAGUGGAAGGCGGUGAAACUGCUUGCAAGCUCGCUCGCAAGUGGGCCUACAAUGUGAAGGGGGUUCCCAAAAACAAGGCCAAAAUCAUUUUUGCAGAGGGAAACUUCUGGGGCCGCACCAUGGCAGCCAUCUCCAGCUCCACAGACCCCAGCAGUUAUGAAGGUUUCGGCCCCUUCAUGCCAGGCUUCGAGCUUGUCCCAUACAAUGACAUCCCUGCACUGGAGAAAGCCCUCCAGGAUCCAAAUGUUGCAGCUUUCAUGGUGGAGCCCAUCCAGGGGGAAGCUGGGGUUGUGGUGCCCGACCAGGGCUACCUGACCAAAGUCAGAGAUCUGUGCACUAAGUAUAACGUGCUGUGGAUUGCUGAUGAGGUGCAGACGGGCUUGGCAAGAACCGGCCGACGGCUGGCUGUGGAUCACGAGGAAGUCCGUCCAGAUGUGGUGAUUCUGGGCAAAGCUCUCUCUGGAGGAGUUUACCCUGUAUCUGCAGUGCUGUGUGACGAUGAGGUCAUGCUGACCAUCAAGCCUGGGGAGCACGGCUCCACGUAUGGAGGCAACCCCGUGGCCUGCCAGGUUGCUAUGGCUGCACUUGAGGUUUUGGAGGAGGAGAAGCUGUCAGAGAACGCUCAGAGGAUGGGAGAGCUGCUGCGGUCCGAGCUGAACAAACUGCCCAAAGACAUUGUGACAACUGUCAGAGGGAAGGGCCUCCUUAACGCGGUCGUCAUCAAAGAGACAAAAGACUAUGAUGCCUGGAAGGUGUGCUUGCGCCUCCGUGACAACGGACUGCUGGCCAAGCCCACCCACGGCGACAUCAUCCGCCUGGCCCCUCCCCUCAUCAUCAAGGAAGACGAGCUGCGCGAAUGCGUCGACAUCGUCCAGAGAACCAUCAUGUCCUUCUAGACUGAAACCAUUCCACUAAUUCGACAAUGCACAGACGACCUGCAAACUGAUAAUCCACGCAUGGCCUGAUUUAAGAAGUCGCUCUAAACAUUUCAUUAGUCGUUUUUAUUUUUGUUUGUUUUCCCAAAGAUGUGAUUUUCUUUGAAGGUGAUCGCUGUAGAAAUGCAGUAUUAAAGAGAAUGUGUGGACAGCGAGGCUACACUGAAGUUUUCGUACAGAAAAACCACUGUAAAGGAAGAAAAGGUUACGUUAGGUUUUUCCUAAAAUUGCAGCAGCUGCAAUUUUGAAAAAAGGGUAAGUAAGUUUGACCAGUGAAUCAGACAGUCUAAUCUUUAACAUACUUUUUUUUUAAAAUUUCUAUAACUACUGCUGUCUGUAAACAUUAACCUUGUAUAGCAAUAACAUAAGAAUAAGAAGCUGGCUAGUCUGGGUGUUUUUAAUGUAAGAGCAGGGUUUCCGCACAUCAUUAUACAAAAAGGCUUGAAAUAUGAACAUAGUUUUCAUAUUCCUUGGUUUGAAGGGAUUGCAUGAAAGUGUCAAAAUUGCAACAAACAGCUGAUUAUGUUUAGUUUAAGUACUUUUCAUUUACAGUACAGUUAAGUUCAAAACAUUUUAUGUAGGGUAAGUUAUGAUAUGUGUUACUGUGGAAGACAUACUGUGUGUUGCUCAUUGUGUUGUACAACUUGGUAGGAUUUAUCGCAGGCAACAUAACUGUGUGAGGAUUAAUGAGUGUUGGGAGGGGGGACUCGUGCUGCUAGUUUCAGGCUGGUUUGGUUUUUAAGUAUUUACAGUAUCUGUACAUUGUUUCAUUGAACUUUCUGAUGAAUGUUUCAUCUGUAAAAAUGAGAAACAAGCAAUGUAAAUAUUGUCUUUUUGAAGGCAGUAUCACCUUGAGAUUGUUACAGAAUGCGUUGUUCUUCAAAUAAACGAGUGCAGUCGUGCA